GACGGGGAGAGCGAAAGCGACAGAGAGAAGAGAGAGGAGGGUACCUACUCUACCGAAGCUCUCAAUAACGGUGCCAGCUGCAGUAGGGAGAAGAAUAUUGUGACACAACCAGGCCUGGGGUGCGUUGGUCGGCCGGCCAUCUCGGAGGGCCAUCACCCUACCCACACUGUCAUCACUGCACCUAUCCACAGGACCGUGACAAGGCCCUGUGAUCUGUAGGCAGGGAGUACAACAAUGGCAAAACGCUGGGUUUCAUGCUGCAUGGCGGUCACUCUUCUCGGUUCGACGCGAAGCGAACAACUUGUCAUACAUGAGGCGGCGAGCACAUUCCCAGAAGGGGGUGACUCUACAUAUCAGCAUAAUCGGUUACCACAGUGUCAUCACGGCAAUGGUGGAACGUCAGGCUGCAACGCCUUUCGCACGCCCCAACCUCAAACUAAGAUAUGUCUUCGACUCUCUUUUGAGGGGUCGUCUUUGCCCCAAGAGAACACGCCCAUGAGCCCUCACCAUAGCGAAGUACUUCACUGUUCCAGGUCGGUGAAGGCGCUCGCAGAAGUUACCAGCCCGACUUCGGAGAUACACAAGAAGCAACUACGCGAAAUGAGAGAAGAGUUUUGUCAGUGGAAGAUGGCUCUGGCCACGAGGAGGUAUCUGGGCUUGAGGAGACAGCAAAGUAUCGAGAGCUUCUGAACUUGAUGGUGACGGAGAGCGCGGGGAAGACCGGUGGACAGAUGUGCAACGUGGCUUUCGUCAAGACUCACAAGACGGCGUCCACUACCCUGGCCAUGAUCUUCGUGCGGUACGCCAAGCGCCACGACAAGAAGCUGGCGUCGUUCGAAGGCCGGUUCGUGUCUAACGUCCCUCUGGCAGUGGCAGUCCAGCAGGUCCAAGAAAACGGGCAGCGCGUGGACGUGAUGCACUAUCACGUCCAUGAGGGUGUCUGGGAGGGGACCUGGGAAGACAACACCAAGAUGUACAAGCAGAUUAUGCAGGAGGCGGAGCCGAUCAACUACAUCACGGUGGUUCGAAGUCCGCGGGAGCACUUCUUGAGCUACUACUAUUACUAUAUGCAACCGAUGAACAAGUUGUCGAUCGAGCAGUACCUGGAGCGAACGAAGAGGCACCCCGCGCAGCAUAUGAUGAACCCGAUGUGUGUGGAGUUCGGGGUGCACGACAAGGAUCAGCUCGACAUUUUCAUCGAGAAACACCUCCCAAGCUUCGCUCUGGUGAUACUCACAGAGGAGUUUGACGCUGGGCUGAUGACGUUGCGACGGCUGAUGGGUUGGGACAUGAUCGACAUGACCUACUCUGUGAUGAUGGAAACGAAGAAAGGCGUAGUUAGAUGGGACAAUAAGCCGUUGGUUGAUGUGCCAAGGUUCGCCUCUCUGCCGCAGUGGGUGCAAGACACGAUCGAUGCGACCACAGCUUUGGACCGGAAGUUGCACGAAGCCGCGGUGCUGGCGUAUCGACAGGCCGCUGAGGUAGGGGACGCGGAACAAGACCUCGUGGAAUUCAAGGAGCUGCAGCGGAUCGUCACGGCCUACCUCCAGGCAAACUCCUCCAGCGAGGCCCGAAGAUGGUACGCCCCCAACGCCGAACCGUACAAUGGCGGGCCGCCACUCUACGCGUUUUAA